AUGGUUGUUGAAUCUAUAGAAAUCCAACAUGUCGACAAAACCUUGCCGGGCGACUUUUGUUCGCCUACAAGGAAAAAUGCCGGUAUAGUCAUAUUUGUUCACGGAUCAGGAUCAUCGAGAUUCAGUCCAAGAUUUGUGGCGGAGAUCCUGCGUUCUCGAGGAGUCGGCACUUUUUUGCUCGAUCUAUUGACGCCUCGGGAAGAGGCCAUCGACGAGCGUACCAGACAUCUCAGGUUUGAUAUUGAAAUGCUGUCGCAGAGAGUAGCUUCUGUUAUCGACUAUUUUGCUCAAGACAAGAGGACGCAAGGUCUUCCGAUUGGGCUAUUUGGGGCAUCUACCGGAGGCGGAGCUGCAUUACUGGCAGCAUCUCUCUGUCCAAACCAGAUAGCUACAGUCGUUUCCCGUGGUGGCCGUCCUGAUCUCGUUCCCGUUCCAGUCCUCAAGUCGAUUAACACACCGACCCUUUUCAUCGUGGGCAGCAAAGAUACAGUUGUGCUAGAAUUGAAUAAGCAGGCAUUGAAUGCGCUGGGAAGCAAAGAAAAAAAGUUACAAGUGGUUGAGGGAGCGACACAUUUAUUUGAAGAAAAGGGUAUGUACUAG